CCGGAAGACCGAAGUGAGGGCUGUGUGCUGGUCCUGUCUGUGUUUAUGUCCUGAUUUUGUUCGUAUUUAUUAAAUUUACAUUUAAAGCCUGGUUUUAAUCAGAGCCGCUGCUUGAACAUGAACAUCUGACCCGAAGGCCGGGAUGGCGCGAGCGGCUGGAGAAAUUAUUCAUUUGAACGUCGGAGGAAAAAGGUUCAGCACCUCCAAGCAGACUCUGACAUGGGUUCCAGACUCCUUUUUCUCAAGUCUCUUGAGUGGACGGAUAUCCACGUUAAAAGAUGAAACAGGAGCGAUCUUCAUAGAUCGAGAUCCUUCUCUGUUUGCCCCCAUUCUGAACUUUCUGCGCACUAAAGAACUGCAUCCCAGGUCUAUCGAUGUGCAUUUAUUGAUGCAUGAAGCUGAGUUCUAUGGAAUCACUCCGUUAGUGCGUAAGCUGCAGCUGUGUGAUGAAUUAGACCGAUCGUCAUGCGGCACAGUGCUGUUUAAUGGCUACCUGCCCCCUCCAGUUUACCCAGUGAAGCGCAGGAACAGACACAGCGUGGCGGGGCCUCAGUUUAUGGGUGGUCGAGCUGGGCCGUUAGAGAGAGCGCCCGUCAGACGCAGUAACACCAUGCCACCCAACCUGGGCAACGCGGGCAUUCUGGGUAAAACUGCUACAGAGGAGAGAGUGACAGGUCACGGUGCAGAUCCUGGAAUGGUUCGGAUCAUAUGUGGACACCACAACUGGAUUGCUGUGGCCUACGCUCAGUUUGUGGUCUGUUACAGGGUGAAGGAGUCGACAGGCUGGCAGCAGGUGUUUACGAGUCCCAGGCUGGACUGGCUCAUCGACAGGGUGGCACUCAAUGCCAAGGUCAUGGGUGGGUCUCUGGGAGACAACGACAAGAUGGUUGCUGUGGCAUCAGGAACCGAGAUAAUAUUAUGGGCUAUCUGUCCUGACGGCAACGGCAAUGAGAUCGGUGUGUUCAGCCUCAACGUUCCUGUAGAGGCUCUGUUCUUCGUGGGGAAUCAGCUGAUUGCCACCAGCCACACGGGGAAAGUGGGGGUGUGGAACGCUGUGACCAAACACUGGCAGAAUCAGGAUGUGGUUCCCAUUAACAGCUACGACACCGCCGGCUCCUUCCUCAUCCUCGGCUGCAACAAUGGAUCUAUUUAUUACAUAGACGUGCAGAAGUUUCCACUGCGAAUGAAGGAUAACGAUCUGCUGGUGACGGAACUGUACAGAGAUCCGAGCGAGGACGCCAUCACGGCCCUCAGCGUCUACCUCACACCCAAAACAAGUGACAGUGGGAACUGGAUUGAGAUAGCAUACGGCACCAGUUCGGGUACAGUGCGCGUGAUUGUGCAGCACCCAGAGACGGUGGGCUCCGGACCCCAGCUCUUCCAGACCUUCUCUGUCCACCGCAGCCCUGUUACUAAAAUCAUGCUGUCAGAGAAACACCUCAUCUCAGUGUGUGCAGACAACAACCACGUCCGCACCUGGACCGUCACGCGUUUCCGAGGCAUGAUCUCCACCCAGCCCGGCUCCACCCCCCUCACCUCCUUCAAGAUCCUCUCGCUGGACGACAUCGACGGACACGGAGGCUGCGCUGCUGGCACUGAGAUCGGUCCUUACGGAGAGCGUGAUGAGCAGCAGGUGUUUAUCCAGCGUGUGGUUCCUGACACAGAUAAACUCUACGUGCGACUCUCCUCCAACGGCAAGAGGGUAUGUGAGGUGCGCUCGGUGGACGGCACCUCCAUCACUGCGUUCGUGGUCCACGAGUGUGAGGGGUCCAGCCGCAUCGGCUCCCGGCCGCGCAGAUACCUCUUCAGUGGCCAUGGCAACGGCAGCAUCCAGAUGUGGGACCUCACCACGGCGAUGGAGAUUGCUGGGAAAGUGGACAUCAAAGCUCUGGGAGGUCCUACAGAAGAGGAGUUGUUGGAGCUGUUGGAUCAGUGUGACUUGGCAUUGACCAGAACACCAGACAUGAGUCCAGCUGCUUCGCUGACGCACUCCACCCGCAACUCCACCUGCAGUCUGCAGUCCCAGCUGAGUGAGAGCAGCCGUGGUGGUGUGAGUUCUGCUCGCCCUGCGAUCCCCCACACAGGAAGUCUUCCCCGUCAGGUCCCUUUUCUUCCUUUCGGCAGGCCGCGGGACCUGCCGCCUCACCUGGGCCUCAGCCAGUGCUCCCUGGCCAGCAGCGCCAGCGGCAGCGGGAGUCCACACCCGGGCAGGGCCGUCCAGGAGCGGGACAAAGAGCGAGACGCUCUCCGCAGAGGCAGCUUCGUGGAGCGCUGCCAGGAGAGAGCCAAAAACUCAGACUUGGCAGGUGCAGAGGGAGGUAGGCGGAGCUUAGCUGUGUGUAGUGAGCUGGAGGCACGUUUGGGCUUCAGAGCGCACACAUCAGCAUCUUUAUCAGCAUCAUCAUCAGCUAGAAGACCUGCAGUGCCAAGCCCCGCCCCCUCGCCGGUCAGUCCUGUGCGGUCGCAAAUGCCAGUGUCUCCGAGGCGAGGCCCGACGUCACCAGUUAAUGAAGUCACACCUCCUGAGGCGGGACCUAAACCUGAAAGCCCCGCCUCCCCACCACCCACCAGCCCUAAGCCACAUAUGAACGAGACCAGCUUCUGAUUGGCUGCUUUGGAAAUGCUGCAGCACGAUUGGCAUCAAGUGACGAGUUAGUGGAGUCGGCGCACAGUGGGCGGGGCCUAAAUCAGCCUAUCCCGGCUCCCCAACCCUAAACUGCAAAUAAACAAGACCAGCUUUGGAUUGGCUGCUUUGAAGCACUGCUGAAUGAUUUACAUUAUCUGUAAUGAUUGUCAGUGACCGAUUAGCGAAGCCAAGAGGCGGGGCCUACACCAAAGCUCCGCCUACCAACCAGCCCUAAACCACAUGUACCUGAGACCAGCUUCUAAUUAGCUGCUGUGAGUUACUGCUGAAUGAUUAGCAUCAUCUGUGGAUGAGUGUCAGUGUGUUAAUUACUGAUUAAUGAAGCCACGCCCUGGAGGUGGUGCCUGUACAAAAGCUCCACCUCUCCACAAGCCUUGACUUGUAUAUUAUUGAGGCAAGCUUCUGAUUGGCUGCUUUGGAAGUUGUGCUGCAUGAUUUACAUAUAUCUGUGGAGCAUGGUCAGUGAUUGAAUAAUGAAGCCACGCCCAAGAGGCGGGGUCUGCAGCAAAAAAAAACCCGCUCCCUUCCUGCUUUGAACCACAGAUAAAAGAGCUUCUGUUUGGUUGCUUAUAAAGCAGUCCAGCAUUUUUGACAUUGUUUGUGGAUUACUGUCUGUGACUGACUAAGCCACGCCCCAGGGGCAGGGCCAAAGCUCAAAAGCCCCGCCUGCACGCCACUCACCAGCCCUAAGUCAAAUAUGAACGAGCUUUUGAUUGGCUGCUGUGGUGGUGCUGCAACAUGAUAGACGUUGUCACUGGAUGAUUGUCAAGUCACUGGUUAGUGAAGCCACGCCCUGAGGAGGGGGAAGCUCCGCCUCCCUAUCAGUCCUAAACUACAUAUAAAUAAGAUCAGCUUCUGAUUGGCUGCUUUGAAAGCAGUGCAGCAUUGUCUCUAGAUUAGUGUCAGUGGCUGAUUAAGCCACACCCUAGGGGCAGGAUCUAUACCCCAAAGCCCCGCCUCCUCUCCACCCACCAGCCCCUAAGCAACAUAUGAACGAGGACCUGCCUCUGAUUGGCUGCUCUGGAAGUGCUGCAUCAUGAUGAAUAUUGUCACUGGAUGAUUGUCAAUCACUGGAUAGCAAAGCCACGCCCUGAGGUGGGGGAAGCUCCGCCUCUCCUCAGCUAUAAACUAUACAUGAACGAGACUAGCUUCUGAUUGCCCGCUUUACAAGUACUGCAGCAUGAUUGACAUUGUUACUGGAUGAUUAUUGGUCCGUGAUUCGUGAAGCCACACCCCCAAGGCAGGGCCUGGAGUGAAGCUCCGCCCACACCCCCACCCUGAACUGCAUAUAAUUUAGGUCUACUUCUGAUUAACAUUAUCACUGGAUGAUUGUCAGGAUGAGUAAAUCCACGCCCUGAGGCGGGUUCUACGUUGAAGCCCCGCCUCCCAAUCCUUUCUAAACUAUUUAUGAACAGGCCCAGCUUCUGAUUGGCUGCUUUGGAAAUGAAGAAUGAUGGACGUGGUCAUAAAUAGUCCAGAAAACAUUAACAGCAUUAACUACUGUUGGCCACGUUAUCAGUGUUUUUAAUGGGCAUCAGUGGAAAGUAGCAGCGUUUAAUCUGGAUACCUUUAUUGAAACUGCAUUUAAAAAAACUUCAAUUAUGUCUUCCAGGACUCAGAAUGAUUGAUGCUCAGUAUUGCAGUGUAUCCCUCUAACGUUGCAUGUGUGAUGAUGUAAUGAAGGAUUCAUUGCCUCAUUUGAUGCAUGAGUGAAACCAUGAGUUUGCGUUUCCAUUUCAGCCACGAUUCGACUUAAAUCUCAGAAUCAUCAUCUCAGAAAAGCCUAACAGGCUCUUCUUGCAUGUAUUUACAGAAAUGACUGCUCUGUAAAGCGAAGACAGAUAUAUAACGUACAUAAUCAUGUUACACAAUAAGGAAAGGUGUUGCAUUAAAGGGGAAUUCCACCAAUCUGAAAAAAUCUCAAAAUUUUUGCAUAAUUCCAGCGUUGUGAUGUAAACAAAGCCAUUCAGAGUGGUUUCAUGUAAAUUGGCUUGUCUUAGAGAAAAUUACAGACAGUGGUAAGGAACCCUUUUGUGCGCCAUAUAGAACCCUCUAUAUAGAACCGUCUAUAGCACAUUCAUGCACGUUUCCCAUCAAUCUGUAGAACCCUUUCAUGAUGCGCAGAACCCUUAAUCGUGCAGAUGGUUCUUGGAGUGUUCAUCGUUCCACAUAGAACCAUUUUCUUUACCAAAGAACCCUUGAAGAACCGUCUUUUUAAAGGUGAACCAUUCAAAUGUUUCAUAUUAAUAAUUGUUAUUCGCAGCAAUUUAUACACUGCAGAAUGAAGUGUUCUAAGCUACACUCCUAAACAGAUGGUUCUUUAGUAAAUUGAAUGGUUCUGUUUAGAACCAUAAGUUCUGUAUAGAACCAUUUCAUGCUCGUCACUAUAUACUAUGGCUUUUGAAUGAAUAAUGACCUGUGCAUAAUUAUAAAGCGCCUAUAUUACAUAUUAACAGUUAUAAAAACGUUAUAAACAACAUUUAAAACACUGAACACUCUGAAUCUCUCUGAUUACAUCACUCACUGAAUUAAGGAGGAAUUUUAGAAAAUUAGUGGGAUUCCCCUUUAAUUUACAUCACUGUCGACUGCGCUGAAUGCUUUUGCAAACUUCUGUUGUUCAUUGUUAUUAAUUUCAUUGUUAUUUUAAUUUUAUUAGGAUAAAUCUGAGGGACGCGGCUUUACUGUAGAAAUGUCAUCCCUUUCAGUUUUGAGCGCCGCGGCUGUGGAAGUUUGGAGAAUUGUGUUCAUUUUGUAACCACAAUAGUUUUCAAUGUGUAUUAAAUAUUUGAUAUAUGGAGUUUUUCAUACGUCAAUGCAAACAAAAUCAGUGUGAUGUUCAGCUUUUCUUCAUUUUGAUACAUUUUUUGGGCUAAUAUAUGAAAUAUGUAAGUUCAUUGUCUUAUUCUU